AUGACUCUGACUAUCCUUGUGCUGUCCGCCCUGAUUUCCAACGCUAUUGCCCUGCCUCAGUUCAGCGGUAAUGGAAAUAAUGGGAACAUCAACUCAGGAAACGGAGGCAAUGAGAGCGGAAAUGGACAUGGUGGAUACAACAGUGCCAACAGAAACGGUGGUUUUUACCCAGACUACAGAAUACCAUUCUACCGCCGGGAGCCAGAACCAGAACCACAAUUCAGCGGUGAUGAAAAUAACGGGAAUAUCAACUCCGGAAAUGGAGGAUACGGUAGUGGUAAUGGAGAUGGCGGGGCCUAUAACAGCAACGAAAACGACGAUAUGUUCUCGUACGGAGGAUACAAGUACGACAUGCCCAUUCCAAUGUACCACCGCGAGCCAGAGCCAGAACCGCAAUUCAGCGGUAACGGAAAUAACGGCAAUAUCAACUCCGGAAAUGGAGGACACGGUAGUGGAAAUGGAAAUGGCGGGACCCAUAACAGCAACGGAAACGGCGGUGUCUCCUCGCACAGAGGGUAUUACCCGUACGACAUGCCAGUGUACUACCGUGAGCCAGAGCCAGAGCCCCAGUUCACUGGAGACGGCAAUAACGGCAACGUCAACUCUGGAAACGGAGGCCACCACAGUGGCAAUGGGUACGGUGGUUCCGGCAACGCACACGGAAAUGGUGGUCACAGGUACCAUUACUGA